AUGGGAAUCUGCCUCUCGUGUCUGAGACCCAACUAUGACGACAACGACCUCAAUAAUGACUAUUCAGAAAACACGCCUUUGUUGAACGAUGAGGACAAUGCUGUCAACUCUCAUUUUUACGAGGCCAGAAAUAACGAACUCGAAGACAUAGUUAACAACACGAAUGAAAACCUGAUUGACGUUACCAAUUUCCACCUGGAUACUAAUCAGGAGGUGCAGCCCUCAGAGAAGGGAGCUAAUUCUCUGAACUCGACACUGCACAGUGAGAAGGAUUUGAGCGAAUUGGAGGCGAAAAUCAGGGAAGACUUUGCCAUUGACGAAUCCCUGAAAAGUCUACCGCUAGUAUUGAACUUAGAGUGA